AUGUUCUCAGAGUUGAAGUUCCCUGUGCCCUGGGGCCACGUGGCAGCCAAGGCCUGGGGACCUUCGGAGGGACACCUCGUGCUGUGCUUGCACGGCUGGCUUGACAAUGCCAACACUUUUGAAAAGCUCAUUCCACUGCUCCCCAGAGAUUGCUAUUACGUGGCAAUGGAUUUUCCUGGCCAUGGCUUGUCAUCCCACCGACCUGCAGGCUCCCACUACCAUUUUCUGGAUUACGUGAGCGACGUGCGCCGGGUGGCAGCAGCCUUGCAAUGGAGACGGUUCACCCUGAUGGGUCACAGUAUGGGUGGGUCUGUGGCAGCAAUGUUCUGUUUCCUUUAUCCUGAGAUGGUGGACAAGCUGAUCCUGCUGGAAAGUGUUGGAUUUCUGCUAGCUCCAGAGGACACUGAGGAGUGGCUGGAAUCAAAACGGAUCGUGAUUGACAAAUUACUGAGUCUAGAGGCAAAGCCGCAAACUGCCAAAGCAUGGAGCCCUGAAGCAGCAUUGCAGAGGCUCUUAGAAGCAAACGGACAUCUGACAGCAGAGGGUGGGGCAAUUCUACUGCGGCGAGGAGCAACUGAGACACCCGCUGGGCUGGUGUAUAACAGAGACAUGAGAGUCCGCACGCAAAUUCGAGAGUCCCUCACGGUGGAGCAGUGCGUGAAGCUCCUGCAGAAGCCUCAGCACCGCGUUCUCAUCAUUGUAGCACAAGAUGGACUCUUGACUCCGCACAAGAUAGACAGCGAACAUUACUUUGCAAAAGCCCUACUGGAGGCGUUUGAGUCUACCCUCAAAGAGCACAUCCAGCUCGUAGAGGUGCCUGGGAAUCAUUUUGUGCACCUGAAUGAGCCCGAGAUGGUGUCUGGGAUCAUCAGCAACUUCCUGAUGGCGCAGAGUGCCAGAGCCAGGCUCUAA